UCUGUUCAGGAAAAGGAUGAGAGUGGCAUGGCACAGGAUGCCUUCUAUCUUCAGUCCCUUAUUACUGAUGCACUCCAUGAUGAAGGAUUUCAGAAAAUAAAAGAAUAUUUUCAACAGAGAGAGCGCCACGUUCCUCAAAAAUAUAAUAAUCUUUUGUUACACCAUCUUGACAGAUCAGUGAAUAAGGAACUGGAUAAAAAUGAAUUUCAGUGUGUUUCACUGUUGCUGAAAUGUGUUCAGCGAUUCUUCAUUGACGGCCUCAAGGAAGAUGAGCCUUUGCUAAUUCAGCAGGGACUGAUCCCAAAGAUGGUUUCCUGGUUUGAAAGAACAACAGGAUUUCUGACCAUGACAGACCUAGCCUCGGACACAUCUCUGAUUCAUGUGACAGAAGACUUUUUUGACACAGCCUUGAUUAUUUCCAGAAGUAGUAGUAAAGGGAAAAGUCAGAUGUUGGGUUCCUUCAUAUUUACCUUAGGAUUUCUGGUGACAGAAGAGAGUGUAAAUCAUUUGAUCCAGCAGGAGGCACUGAGGACCUUGAACUGCAUUCUGCAAGCUGUACCUCGGGAAGAGAGAAGACAAUUUGUCUUGUCGGAAGGCUCGUGUCGUCUUAUGAAAGACCUUGCAAGGACAAUCUUGACUGUGGGUGACUAUAGCCAACAGGCAGCCCUUUGUGAAGCACUGUGUAGACUGACCAUGAAAAAAUCGAGGGAGAACUUUGUCCGUCAGUGGUUUGAAGAUGACGCCAUUGCUGAGGCUUUCAAAGAAAUUAAGGAUCGAGAAUUUGAGACGGAUUGUAGACGGUUUCUCAAUCACCUAAAUGACAGCCUUGGUGACCAAAGAAGGGUCUAUUCAUUUCCAUGCAUUGCUGCUUUUGCUGAUGAGCAUGAGAUGAGAAAACCUGCAGAUGAAAAAUUAGAGAAAUUUUGGAUUGAUUUCAACCUAGGAACUCAGAGUGUAACUUUUCAUAUAAACAAUCCUGAGAGCGCUUUAUGGGACUCAGUAAGACUUUUGAAGGAAGCAGCGAUUAAUUUCAGCAUAAUAGAAACUGAGAUGAAGAUGCUCAAAAUUUACCUGAAGAAGCCUAUUAAUAUCAGAAACAAAGAAGUGAUGAAAAUAGAAAUUCAUUUUGAAUUGCAGUUCAACAUAGCACAAGCUUCCAUUAAAGCUUUAGGAGAUGACAAACAGGUGAGGCCUGACCAGACGAAAAUCUCCUCAGACCUUUUUGGUGAGUUGGAGAAAGAAGACACUGAGAUUCCUAGCAGCCACGAAAGAGAGACAGACCAAGCAAAGGACUCUACCGAGCUGGCAGAGUUAACCAGUGCUGAAGAUAACCAUUGCCUAACAACUCUCCCCUUAGACAACCAGUCUGAGCCUGCUGUGAGUACAGGGAACUGGGGACAAGAUUCUGAACUGUAUCAACCAGGAUGCUGGCAGGUGGAAGCUGACUCUCUGGCUUGUUGUCCACUUUCUCCUGGUCAACCAUCUCUCUCCUUUUUCACUAUCCCCUCCUUUCAAUUACUUUUGCCUGCCGUGUUUAAGGAGUGGGGCGCUGGCCGGGGCUUCCAGCAUGGUUUGGAAGUGUUCUGCUGUCAGGCAACCGUGCCAGGGCUGUGCCUUGCCAGCAACCUGCUGCCACCGUCUGUGCCUGUCCGAUCCUCCGUUCAGCAACUGAAACCGCAGAACUCAUUUCGGGACUCAGUAGAGCAUAGGUUCUUCGGUCUCAGCACAGAAAGAAUUCAGCCAGAGGCAGAGUGGCAGUUUAAUUAUAGGAAACACCUCUUCUCGGAGAGUAAUGAAGAUUCAAAUAGUAGUGCCAGUGAACUGUCUUGGACCAGCAACCAAAAGAGGAAAUCCCUAAAGUCAUAUCCUAGUAGAAAAAAGAUAAGAACCAGAAGAAACAUAAAAAACUUGCCACUUUUCCCUCUCAGUAGUGUCAGUGACCUUGAAGAAGAUCAAGCUAAAAUUCUAACACCAUUACGGAAAGAUACCUCCAGGCCAAAUAACGUCACACCUCCAAAAAUUGCUGGAACGAAAUUCCAGAGUAGUUCUGCCUUUUUAACUCCUGAAGACUCUGCCCAGAAGAUAGAACUUCAAAAUCCCCACCCACUGAGCGAUCUCUCUUCCUUGGAGCACUCAGAUGUUGAAGAAAAUGUGUCUGAGACUGUGACCCAGGAGUCAUUGGUGAAAAGUACUAGCUUCAAACAUAAACUGCAAAACUUGGAAGACAGAGACGGAGCGGACGGUCAUUUCGCUGAGCCGAAAGAGUCUCGACUGGAAGAAGGUGAUGCUCCGGGACGCCUUUCCUCCGCGGCAGAAGAAACGGACUUGGCAGAGGGCAUUUCUACUUCAUCCUUAAAAGUUAUUCCAGAGAACUUGAAAGGUUCUGCAAUGAUCACCACCUUUGAAAACUUCACUAGAGAACUGAAAAGAAAAUACGAGCUUAGGUACAGGAGGAGCCCACUUUAUUCAGAAACUGCAAAGCAAGCACCGGCUUGCCUGAUGAAACUUUUAAACCAGAUACACCUGUGCAGACUGAAUAAACUAGAACAGUUUCACGCUUUCGUUCUUCAAGAGCUGAGCAAUCUUGAGAAGGAUAUUGGGGGUCUGCAACGCCUUGAGGAGGAUGUUCUGGAAUUCUGGGGGAAACAGUCUGAUGAUCUGAAAUCAUUCUGUGAACUGCAGCUGCUGAGGUCACCCUCAUCUGCAGGGUCGGAGGCAGCUAGGCUGGCAGUCUGUCCUCGGGAGCUCCAGCUCAGGACUCGCUCUCCGUCUUCCCCGUUUCCAUCUCUGCCCCCUGUUCCCGACUGUCUGCCAUGGAGACUUCGAGCUUCAACAUCAGACGUGACGACAACAGCCUUACAGAGGCUGCUUAAUCACUCCCACAGCUGUAGAGGUUUCCAGCUGCCUGGGCUUUCUCCUUCGGCCGAAGGAUGCUUCCCUCCUUGUUGUGCAGAUAUGAAGCCCGUCGAAGCAUCCAGAACUGCAGGUAUGAGGCCAAGUGGUGAGCCCAGGGCCUCAGUGACGAUUAAAAAUAAGCUGGAGCCAGUGACUGACCAGUGA